UGUUUACUUUCCUUCUUCAGACAAGUGGGCGAUGCUGGCCGUAGCUGCAUGCAUCAGGCUCUUCUCCACACUGCUUAUAUACAUCGUGACGAUUCAGAGUGGAGAGAUCUUUCCCACGCCGAUCAGGUCCACUGGGUUCGCUUGGAUGGUGGUGUGUGGAAUGGCAGCCAUGAUAGCAACCCCAUAUAUUCUUCAUUCGGGCUAUGGCGACUCUUUUCCUUACUGGCUCCUCGCAUCGUUCAUGUUACUCGGUGCCUUCCUAGGUCUGUUCCUCCCAGAGACUAUCGGCCUACCACUUCCCCAGACUUUCAAGGACGCUGAGAAAGUGGGCACAGGACGACCCCUUAUGACCUGGAUCCACCACUGGAACCAACACAGGUAUAUGCCAGUCUCGUCUGAGGAACCUGACAAUCUUGAACUCAAGAGAGGUUUAAAUACAUGUGAGAAAGAGAACUAAAGGUUUCAGUUUACUAGACUGUACAAGAACGGACAUAUGUAACAAUAAAGACCCCAAGUGACGUAAAUUCGAUAUAUUUUAUUUUGAUUUUUUCUUAUUAUUUUUUUAAAACUUAAUAAAUUAAAAUCAAUCUGUAAUUGUUCUAUCAACACGCUACGACACAAGUAGAUAGAGCGAAAGAUAAAGAAAUAAAAAAUACUUCUUGGCUGAAAUCUACCUCACUCAUAUGUAUGGUCUUUUUUGUACUUUCAACAAGGGAUGUCUGUAUGUAUGGAAAGAUUAAAAUUAAGUAUGACUUA